CUUUAAUCAAUGCAAUCAAUCUUUGGAAAUGAUUAAAAAGAUAUAUUGCAGCUGGACCUAGUAUAAAAGACGGCAUGAAGAGGAGCUCUUCCUCUUUGAUCGACACGAGCACUACCAUUAACUGGAAGGUAGCAUGGUGCGCACGGUGGCAGUGAUCGGGGCUGGUCCCUCUGGGCUGGCCUGCAUUAAGAGCUGCCUGGAUGAGGGGCUGGAGCCCACCUGCUUCGAGAGCAGCGAUGACAUGGGAGGCCUGUGGAAGUUCAAGGAAGUGUCUGAGCCAAACAGAGCCAGCAUCUACCGCUCCCUGACCAUCAACAUCUCCAAGGAGAUGAUGUGCUACAGCGACUUCCCCAUCCCAGGCAACUACCCCAACUACAUGCACCAUUCCAAAAUCCUGAAGUACUUCCGCCUCUAUGCCGAGCACUUCAAGCUUAUCCAGCGCAUUCGCUUCCAGACCUCCGUGCGCAGUGUGAGGCAGAGGCCUGACUUCACUCAUUCAGGUCAGUGGGAGGUGGUGACCGAGAACAAGGACGGUCAGGAGGAGAGACACGUCUUUGAUGCAGUGAUGGUCUGUUCUGGUCACUACACCUACCCCCACAUCCCCCUGCAAGACUUUCCAGGUAUUGAGUCGUUUCAGGGCAAAUACUUCCACAGCUGGGACUACAAAGGCCCAGAGGAUUUGGCGGGGAAAAGGAUUGUGGUGAUUGGGAUCGGUAACUCUGGGGGAGACAUUGCAGCGGAGUCCAGCAGAGUGGCUGAACAGGUGUAUGUCAGCACCCGUCGUGGGGCCUGGAUGAUCCGGCAGGUGUCUGAUAACGGAAUGCCUGUGGACAUGACGUACAACACACGCUUCGUCCACAUCCUCUUCCAGCUAGUGCCCAUGAGGUUCUUGAACUGGUUCGGUGAGAAGAAGCUGAACGCCAUGUAUGACCACACCAUGUAUGCACUGAAGCCAAAGCACAGACUAUUCAGUCAGAUCCCUGUCAUCAAUGAUGACCUGCCCCUUAAGAUCCUGUCCGGGGCUGUGGUCGUGAAACCCAAUGUGAAGGAGGUCCGUGGCUCCUCAGUAUUGUUUGAGGAUGGCACUGAGGUUGAGAAUGUGGAUGUGAUCGUGUUUGCCACAGGCUACGGCUACGACUUCCCCUUCCUGCCUGGAUCUAUCAAGAAGAAGACAGGCCACAGGAUAGGCCUGUACAAGCACGUGUUCCCCCCCAGCCUGGAGCACCCUACACUGGCUGUGGUGGGCUUCAUCCACGCCCUGGGGGCCAUCAUGCCCCAGGCUGAAAUGCAGUCUCGCUGGGUCACACAGGUCUUCAAAGGGCUAAAGAAGCUUCCCAAUAGCCAGGCAAUGAUGAAAGCUGUGCUAAAUGACACCAAGGACAUUGACAAAAACUACAUCUGCUCCAAGCAGACCCCACUACAGGUGGACUUUGUCUCCUACAUGGACGAAAUCGCUGGAAUGAUUGGGGCGAGACCCAGUUUGCCCUGGCUCUUCUUCACCGACUACCCCCUGUUUAAAAGGGUUCUGUGGGGCCCAGUAACCUGUUACCAGUACCGCAUAAUGGGCCCAGGGAAGUGGUCUGGUGCCCGCCAUGCCAUCUUCACCCAGUUCGACCGCAUGUACCAGCCCCUGAAGACCAGGCCCCUGGAUGAGUCCAACGAGAGGUCCCUGGCUGGCCGCUUGUUCAAACUGAGCCUGGUCAGCCUGGUUGGAGCCUCAGCAGUCUACUACCUCCACCAUCACCCACCCGCAUCGUUCGACAAACUCAUUUCAGUGGUCAUCCCUCAGAAGAUCUGAGCUCACAGCCAUUAAAUAAAACUUGACAAAAAUGUGGGUCACCAGCUAAAAACAAAUUGCUAGUAACGUCUAGUGCACAGACCAAAUUAUUGUAUUUUGGCUAACCAAGUCCACCUAGUUUGAGGAACAAUACUGCCUUGCAGUUUUUAAUGUAAUUAAAUCAGAGACCUCUGAUGCUAUGUCAAAUGUAUACAUCAGAAAGACAGUAGAGUAUUCUUCAGGUAUGUUUGGCAAGAUUUCUCAAAACAUGUGCAAUUUGAACUGAUCACUGUUUUGGUGAGCUAUGCUCAGAGCAUUAUAUUAAUAUUUUAAUUAUCCAGUUGUCUUGUGACAAAUAAAAAUCUAAUUAAAAAGA